AUGAAAGACAGUAGUAGUAAUGGUAACUGUAACAAUAACAAUAAUGGUGUUGGUAAUGAUAACGGUGACGGUAACAGUAAUGGUAACGGUAACGGUAACAGUGACAUUGAUAGUAGUAGUGAUGUGACGGUCAUAGUGACGGUAAUGGUAAUGGUGACGGUAACGGUGAUGGUAACAAUGACUGUAAUGGUAAUGGGGACGGUCACCGUAACUGUAAUGGUGAUGAUAACUAAUGGUGACAAUAACAUUCACGAUUACGAUAACGACAACGGUGACGGUAAUAGUAAUGGUAACAAUAAUGAUAAUGGUGAUGAUAACGAUAACGAUAACAAUGAUGGUUACUAUGAUGUUAACGAUAACGGUAACAGUAAUGGUGAUGGUAACUGUAAUGGUAAUAGUAACUAUAACGAUAACGAUGACAGAAACGGCCACGAUCACGGUAAUGGUGACGGUUACGAUAAUGGUGAUGGUAAUGGUCAUGGUCACGAUAACGGUCACAGUAACUGUGACGGUAAUGGUGACAGUAAUGGUUACAGUAACGGUAAUGGUAAAGGUAAUGGUUACGAUAACUGUAAUUGUAACGGUGAUGGUAAAAAUUACUGUAAAGGUAAAGGUAACGGUAACAGUGAUGUGACUGUGAUUGUAACAGUAACGGUAACGGUGAUAGUGAGAUGA